UGACCGUCGACCGUCCUCUAGUAGCGGACCACUUCCGGGCUAACUUGCUAGCUUGUUGUCACCAUGGCUUCUUUCUUUACUCACCAACUGUGCAGAAGUUUCUCUUCCACGGCUCUCAGGAGCGUCGCCAUAAAACAUGUUGUCAUCAUCGGAGGAGGACAAAUGGGUGCUGGAAUCGCGCAGGUUGCUGCAGCUACAGGCCACCAGGUGACGCUGGUGGACACGUCUGACAGCAUCUUGCAGAAGGCGGUCAAGGGCAUGGAGUCCAGCCUGAAGAGAGUGGUGAAGAAGAAGUUUGCUGACAAGCCAGAGGCCGGGGAGGAGUUCAUCCAGAAGGUCCUGAAGAACGUGUCCACCUCCACAGACGCAGCCGCCGCAGCCCAGCACACAGACCUGGUGUUGGAGGCCAUUGUGGAAAACCUUCAGAUCAAGCAGGAUCUUUUCGGCACGCUCGACAAAGCGGCGCCAGAACACACCAUCUUUGCCAGCAACACGUCCUCGCUGCCCAUCACUGACAUCGCCAGCACCACCACCAGGCUGGACCGCUUUGGCGGCCUGCACUUCUUCAACCCCGUCCCCAUGAUGAAGCUUGUUGAGGUCAUCGGAACCUCGGCCACAAGCCAGGAGACGUUCGAUUCCCUCCUGAACUUUGGCAAAGCGCUGGGCAAGACCACCGUGUCCUGCAAGGACACGCCGGGAUUCAUCGUCAACCGCCUCCUGGUCCCCUACAUGCUGGAGGCCAUCCGUCUGCACGAGAGAGGUCACGGCUCCAAAGAAGACAUCGACAUCGCCAUGAAGCUCGGGGCCGGGUAUCCCAUGGGACCCUUUGAGCUGCUGGACUACGUGGGACUGGACACAUGCAAGUUCAUCAUGGACGGUUGGAGCCAGAUGGACCCCGACAACCCGCUUUUUGCCAAAAGCCAGUUGCUCAACAAGUUGGUCGCCGAGGGAAAAUUUGGGAAAAAGACCGGAGAAGGAUUCUAUAAGUACAAAUAACUUUAUUUUUACACAACACACGGAUCAAUGAAAAGACUCCUCUAAUAUUAUGUGCCUUUGCACCUCAAACGCCACACCUUGACAUGACUGAUGGCAGAAAAACGUGUUGAAACAAUCUCAACUUGUCAAUAAAUGUGAAUCGCUCUAAAAAAAAAAUUAAAAAAAAAAUC